AUGUUUGACUAUGAUGCCGUUACCGGCGCCCUGCCACCCACCGCAAAAACUAUUGUCUCCACGUUCAAAACCAGAUUUCACUCCUUCGUGGCUCGUUCGCACGUCAGAUAUGACGGUAAUCCGGAAUCUUCAUGGAUCUUGGAUUUGACCUGCAAGGAUUUAUCUCACCGUCGGCUAAGUGGUGAGGCAUUUGACGAGGGUGAAUUGGGCACAACGGCUAAGGACCUCAGAAGAGGCGCUCCUGUCUCGAAAGUUGCUGUUUUUGGUCGCAACGCGCAUGUUUGGUGGUAUAUGCUGCGUGAAUCAAACGAGAUUUUGACUCCCGGUGGUGCUUUUCCUGGAUCAACGUUUGAAGACUGCAAUGUCAACGGAAGACUCAAGCAAAUAACCUGCUCGGGUAUUAGCGUAAUGUCGCCUGGUUUCAGUGAUAAGGAGAGAAGGGUGCCACUACAAAGCUAUCGGUACAUGUACGGUAGAAAACUGCAAAUACUUGUUCUCUAA